AUGGACCCGCAGUUGGACGGACGUGUCGUCCCCACACGCUACGACGACCUCACCGAUCACCAGAAGCGCUGCUGCGACAACAUCAUCACCCGUCUCCCGAAGGUCAACCGAUCGGGCAAAGUCAUUGACGAAGAGGGUCGAAAGCUCUUCUGGGAUAAGCUGCAAAGCUGCCCCUUUCAGACCAAGGGCAUUGCGCUUGGUAAUCUCACGCAAGACAGCCCGCCUCCGAUCAAGAGAGUCCGGGCCAAGCGGGCCAGAAAACCCCCGAAGAAUAAAAAGCUGCCUGACACAGCGGCUUCACCAAAGAACAAGAAACCACAGAAGGCCAAGAAGCGGCAGAAGGCCAACACACCGCCAACGUGUGACACGAUCCCCGAGAUCAAGAUCACAGCGGCCACGCCGGAGUUCAUGCCGAAUGAAAUACUUGCCCCUUCAAGUGUCAGUAUUCCUGUUGAGCGUCGUGCUGGCGCCCAGAUCUGGGUGGUACCCCGGCCGACCUGGAAGACUGGUAUAAUUGGUUUCGACUGUGUGGACCGCGAGAAUGGCCGCGUCAAUCAAGAAGAAGUCACAUUGUUCCCUGGAACAUCAUGGACCAGCGCCAAAGUCGAGACAAUCGUCGAUACCGACAUUCUCGAGCUGGAAAGGGCGGGAGCUUACAACUUUGACGUGGCCGUUUUCUACGCCAAGGCGCAGUUACUCAAUCAUCUGAAUGCAACAGCCGAACAUGAAAGCCAUAAUCAGACUGAGGAUGACCAAUGCCGUGGUUGUGUCAUUCACGAUGCGGCUGAUAUGGAGGACUUCGUCGAGAUCCGGCUGCUAGGCGACUUGGCCAUGGCCAACAAAGAACUUCGCGAUGCCUAUAUCGCAAGUGAGAGACGGAAGCGGUGUUGCUCAUACACUUGA